GCCCUAAGCCCCCUUUUCUUUUGUACCUAUUCCAAAUCCCCCCCACCGCCGCCGCUCCAGCCGGAUCUACGCCGUAUCCAGGCAGUUAGAGCACACCAUGGAGGGGCGGGGAAUCGUGGCCAUUUGCCAAUAUGGUGGUGAAUUUGUUACCAACAGUGAUGGGUCUCUUUCAUAUUCUGGAGGAGAAGCUCAUGCGCUUGAAGUAGGUCAUGACAUACUCUUUGAUGAUUUGAAGUCAGAACUUACUAGUAUGUUUAAUGUUGAUGUCAGUGGUAUGUCCAUCAAAUAUUUUCUUCCGAGCAACAAAAGAACACUUAUCACAAUAUCUAGUGACAAGGAUUUACAACGGAUGGUUGAUUUUACUUCUAAUGCUUUGACCACUGAGGUCUAUAUUAUAAACAAGGUUGAUAACAGGAUAACUCGGAGCACUGUUGCUGAUUCUGGAAUCUCAAACAUUGGCACAGCUGAAAACGCUCGCAGUGGGAGACGAAGAAGGUUAAAUUCUACUAACAGGGUGACUAGAGCUAGAGUAAGCGCUGUUGAUUCUGAUACCCCAAAUGCCAUCACCAAUGUUGCUGGAGACAAUGUAUAUAAUUUCCAAGAAAAGAGGCUAUUUGUGACUGAAAAUGAUGAUAACAGAAUGAUUUCUGAUGGCUUUGUUAUGCCAAUCACCGCCUCAUCUGCUGCUCCAGACAAUGCCAGACAAAGGAUAAUUACUGCCGACAACAUCGAUGAAAGGGCAAGCGGGAGUAUAUUGGUUGAUCCAAGCACUCCUCUCUUUGCAUCUCUGGUCACUCCGGAUGAUGUUGUACCUGUUAUUUCUAACUCUUCUUGGGCCAGUAUUAUUACUGGUGUGGGGCAAGAAUUUGAUAAUGUCAAGGAUUUCCGGUCUCAAUUAUGUAAGUAUGCAAUCGGUAGAGGUUUUAUAUACAAAUUUGUUAAGAAUGACACAACUCGAGUGACUGUGACAUGCAACGAAGAAACUUGUCCAUGGCGUAUACAUGCAUCUGAGACAUCUGGCAAGCAGAAGUUUGUGAUUAAAAAAAUGAAUAAUGUUCAUACCUGUGGUGGAGGAAAUGGCAAAGAUGGUCAACGGAAGGCAACAAGGCAAUGGCUCACCAGCAUUAUCAAAGAAAAAUUACAUGUUAGCCCACAGUGCAAGCCCAAAGAACUCGCAAGGGAAAUUUAUGAAGAUUUUGGUGUGGCUUUAUCCUAUUCACAAGUGUGGCGAGGACGGGAAGUAGCCCAAAAGGAGCUUUAUGAUUCAAUGAAAGAGACGUACAGCCAAUUGCCUUGGUUUGUUGAAAAAAUACUAGAAACCAACCCUGGCAGUGUUGCCUUGUUAUCCACAUCAGUUGAUUCAAAGUUUCGUCGUUUUUUUGUGUCAUUUCAUGCUUCCCUUCAUGGUUUCGAGCAUGGCUGUCGGCCUCUUUUAUUUCUUGAUAAGAUUCCUCUGAAGGUAACUAAUCAAUUUAAGUUAUUGGUUGCUGCUUCGGUCGACGGAAAUGAUGCUGUCUUUCCAGUUGCCUUUGCUGUAGUAGAGGAUGAGAACUAUGACAGUUGGCUUUGGUUUCUGAUGCAGUUGAAAUAUGCUGUAACAGCGACUCGAACAAUCACCUUUGUGUCAAAUAGGCAGAAGGGCUUGGAUGGGGCAGUGCCUCAAGCGUUUGUGGAUAGCCAUCACAGUUAUAGUUUGCAUCACCUCAUAGAGGAUUUUAAGAAUGAAUUGAGGAAGGGACCAUGGUCAUCACAGGUAAAAGAUGCGAUGAUUAGUGAUUUUACUCGUGCUGCCCAAGCCUGCACUAUGGAGGAAUUUAAUGCAUCUGUUGAGAGCAUAAGAAAUUUUUCAGCAGAAGCUGCCGAGUGGGUUAUGGCAAGUAAACCUGAAAACUGGUCAGAUGCCAUUUUCAAGGGCUCAAGAUAUGAUCAUUUCUCAACAAACAUUGUUGACUCAUUGAGUAACUGGAUACCUGCAAAGAAGGAACCAUCAGUGGUUCAGAUGAUUGAUGCAAUAAGAGACAAGUUAGCGGAGGUCAUGGAAGAAAGGCGUGGAUCAUGCAAUGCAUGGGUGGGUACUUUAACACCGGCUAUGGAACAAAAGUUGCAAACAGAGAUGUCAAAGGCCCGGAAGCUUAAUGUCUUAUGCUCCUCGGAUACUGUGUUUGAGGUACGUGGCAAUACAAUUUCUGUUGUCAACAUUGGGAGCUGGGAGUGCACUUGCAGGAGGUGGCAGAUUUCUGGUCUUCCCUGUGUGCAUGCUAUUGCAGUCUUCAAUCGGAUCAAUAGAUCAGCUGAUGAUUAUUGCUCAAGAUACUUCAGAAUUGAAUUCUACCAGUCGGCCUAUUCGGCACUUAUCCACCUGAUACCUGAUGUUGGAAGCAUAGAUUUCUAUUCUGGUGUAAGUUCAUACCCUCCUGCACGUCGUCCACCAGGAAGACCAAGGAGAAAACGAUUUAAUCACAACAAGACAAGUACGGUGGUCCGUCUCUGCAGCAGGUGCAAAGCAGCGGGUCACAACAAGGCGACUUGUGAAGCUUUUCUCUAAAGUUUGUGUUAUUCAUGUCCCCUGUGUAUAUCAGGUACCAAGUUAUUGCACAUGGAUGUGCCCUUUUCGGCACAAAUAUUUACUGAUUAAUUGUAGGCCUUCCAUGUAGAUCCUACUAAGGUGUCAGAAUUUCUCUGUCAUUGCUAUUAACCUGCAUUAUAUAUGCAGAUAAUGAUCUUGUGUAUGGUUAGUGAAGAUGAUCAACUUACAAAUAAUAACAUGAGCUUUUCUAUUAA